AUGUCUCAUAACGUCAAAAUCCUACCCGGGGCAACAGUUUGUGAAGAUUGUACGUUAGAAGGAGAUAUAACCAUUGGUUCUGGUACAGUAAUACAUCCGAGAGUUACUAUAAUAGCUGAGGGUGGACCUAUAGUUAUUGCAGAAUAUUGUAUCAUUGAAGAAUACUCAACAAUCAUUCACAAGAAAUCUGAUAAUCAAGAAAACCCUCCUAAACCGCUAUUCAUUGGUGCGCAUAAUGUGUUUGAAGUUGGAUGUAAAGUAGAAUCAAUAUUUGGGCACAUUGGAGAGUACAACGUCUUUGAAUGCAGGUGCUUUGUUGGACCAGAUGUUAAGAUAAGCAGUGGUUGUGUUGUUGGUGCCUCGUGCAAGCUUUCAGCACCCCAAACCUUGGUGGACAACACGGUUAUAUGGGGUUCUGAUCACAAUAUACGUGAAGCAUUGGAGAAACAACCGUCUCAAUUGCUACAAUUGGACUUCCUGAGUAAAGUUAUGCCAAACUAUCAUAGAUUACGGAAACCAAAUGGACACAAGCGACAACCAUCUAGACAGUCAACGGAAGCUGGAAAAUAA